AACUAAUGGAUUUAUCUUUUAAUUUACCAAGAAGAAAAAAAAGAAACUCGAUCACAGUCCGAAUCACUUCGAUACAGAACAUGAACUACACUCACAGUUUAAUAAUAAUCUCACGACUCAGCCACUAGUUCACCAAUUAACAGUGCUUUAAAUCUAAGAACCCUAAUUCAAUACUCCACAAAGGGGGUUUCUUCUUCCCAAGGUUUCAGAUUCUCUCCGUAUCCAAAGUUUUGUUUUGUUUUUUGUUUGAAAGCGAGGAUGAAAGAAUCGAAAUCAGCCAAGCUGAAUCAGCUACAACAACAAGAGAAUCACCAGAAUGCUCACUUGUCUCCAUCGAAAUUAGCGAAAUUGUUCGAUCCCGAUGCUUCUUGGGACAAGGAUCAAUUAGGAGAUGUGUUACAUUGGAUUCGACAAGUGGUGGGAUUGAUCUCUGGAUUGUUAUGGGGCUCUAUUCCACUUGUUGGAGGCAUUUGGAUCAUUCUGUUUUUGGCGAUAUCCUCUGGGAUAGUUUAUGGUUACUACGCAAUGAUUCUCAAGGUUGAUGAAGAAGAUUUCGGAGGCCACGCAGCUUUACUCCAAGAGGGUCUCUUUGCGUCACUUACUCUCUUUUUGCUCGCAUGGAUUCUUGUCUAUAGCUUGGCACACUUCUGAAAAAAAAGCUGAGCAACAUUCUUUUCACUCAGCAGCAAAGGCAUUGGAACUUUGGAACGAAUCUUUUUGUUCUUUUGUUUGUUUUUGUAAACUGUCUGAAGAUAAGGCUACAAGAGACAAAACGUUAUAGUAACAAUUUUUAUGAAUCUUUUGAAUGUUACAAAAGCUUUCUAUAGUAUCAUUUUUAC